AUGGCAGAACAUCCGUCUCUCCCACCUCCGGCUGAGAACCAGAUAUAUGUCACCAUCUCAGCUCUCGAAGGCGGAAGUUUAACACUCCCCGAAUCCCUCUUCAUCACCGACGCAGACCCUCAGAAACGCACCACGGUGCCCUCUCUCUGCUUUCUGAUCCGACACACCUCCCCCGAAUCCAACAAAACAACAAACCUAGUCUUCGAUUUGGGCCUCAAACGCGAUUUUAGUAAAUACACAGAAACUCAACAACAUCACAUCGCUCAACGCCAACCUACAUCUACUUCCCCUGACACUGGAGAGAGCUUGAGGAACGGAGGCGUCAACCCUGAGGAUAUCGGGGUCGUGGUGUUGAGCCAUGUGCACUGGGACCACAUUGGUACACCAUCUGACUUCCCGAAUGCAAAAUUCGUGGUAGGGAGCGGGACGCUGGAUUUAUUGGCCAACGGAGGGGGGUACUUAUAUCCUAAGGAGUUGUUUAACCACGAUGAGCUCCCAUUCGAACGGACGUACGAACUCCCGCCAGUCAAUCCGCAAUCCACGAGUGCUGCGAAGCAACAAACUGAACACAAAUGGGAGAAAUUACCAGCUUUCGAUUUGCAUGUUUUGGACUAUUUCGGGGAUGGGUCAGUGUAUAUUGUCGAUGCUCCAGGCCAUCUUUUCGGACAUGUCAAUUUGCUUGCGAUGAUCGCUGAGGGGAGGUGGGUUUAUCUUGGUGGGGACUGUUGUCAUGAUGUGAGGAUUUUGAAGGGGGAGAAGGGGGUCGCGAUGUACAGUGAUGGGUGUGGGGGGUUGAGAAGUGUGCAUGUUGAUACGGAGGCUGCUGAAGGCACGAUUGGAGCGAUUGGGAGGUUGAUGAGGGAGGUUGAAGGCGUUGAGGUGGUGGUUGCGCAUGAUGGGGGUUGGAGGAGGGCGAAUGGGGGGAGGUUUUUGCCUGGGGCUCUAUAGACUUACUUCAAACCGAGGAUAUACUUUUUAACCUGGG